AUGGCCUCCUCAUCCUCAUCCUCAUCCACUCCACCAACUCCUCUUCUCUACUCAUGUAUCUCUCACAAUACCACGAUCCUCGCCGAACAUACCGCAUCCGCCACCUCGCAAACCUCCUCUCUCGCCUCCCUUGUCCUUCCCAAAAUCAAACAUGACGAACCUCAAAAGCUGACAUAUACGCACAACAACUCGUUCAUCCAUUAUAUGGCAUCCGCGCCUUCCGAGUAUCCCGCUUCCGAAUCUUCUGCCGGCGGACUCACAUUUCUCGUAAUCGCUGAUGCUUCUCUCGGCCGUCGCAUCCCAUUUGGAUUCAUUUUUGAGAUUAAAAAGCGCUUUUUCGAAUCCUUCCCACCUUCUACCACAGACUUUUCCGAUUUAGGAAGCUAUGGUGCUGGAUCCUUCAACUCGGAGCUCAAGAAGCUGAUGAUUGAUUACGGAACGACCCAGGGUGGUAAGGAGGAUGCAAUCAAGAAUGUACAAGGAGAAAUCGAUAAUGUACGAGGAAUCAUGAGCCAGAAUAUCGAGAGCCUUCUCGAGAGAGGCGAGAGAAUUGAUCUCCUUGUCGACAAAACAGAUAGACUAGGCGGAAGCGCAUCGGAAUUCAGGAUUAAGAGCAGAGGACUGCGCAGACAAAUGUGGUGGAAGAAUGUCAAGCUGAUGCUACUCUUGACAGUCGUCAUUAUAUUCUUGCUUUACUUGAUUGGGGGAAUUUAUACCACGGAUUGGAGUUUUGGCAUGCGGCUUUUUGCAACUGGGCUUCCCGCCUUCCAAUCCUCAUACCCGUAUCCAUUCGCCUCCACGCCCGCAGGUGCUCUCCUCAAUUUAUCUGUAAAGAAAACUGGAUGGCGUUUUGCAGAAUCUAGGAUGAAUCUGCCGUUUUUGUGGGUUAUGUGGAGGAAGGGAGAUGAUGCUGGUAAGGUUGUUGGAGAUGGAACUGUGGUUGUGGUUGUUGUUAUGGGUGUUGAUGCUGAUGUGGGCGUUGUAUGUGGUGGAAGAGCUUCGAUUUGGGUUCGGGGGGGAGUUGAGGCGGAGAAUGUGAGAGCGGGGAAGGAUGGGAAUGAAAAAGAGAGGGGUGUUUGA